AUGGCGACCCCCCAUGUAAUUGCCUCGUCGUCGGCACAACCAUCCCAGUCCGGCUCAUCGAAUGGCAUCGUCGGCAACCAUUUCCGCGUAGGCAAGAAAAUCGGAGAAGGCUCCUUCGGCGUCGUCUUCGAAGGUACAAACCUCCUUUCGAACCAACCGGUCGCCAUCAAAUUCGAACCCCGCAAGUCCGAUGCCCCACAAUUGCGAGACGAAUACCGCUCCUACAGGACGUUGAACGGCACGCCCGGUGUGCCCCAGGUCCAUCACUUCGGCCAGGAGGGUCUGCACAACGUCCUCGCCAUCGACUUGCUUGGUCCGAACCUGGAGGACCUUUUCGACAUGUGUGGUCGGAAGUUUUCGAUUAAGACGGUCUGCAUGGCGGCUAAACAGGUGACUGUCACUCGCGUGCAGGCCAUCCACGACAAGUCCCUCAUCUACCGUGAUAUCAAGCCCGACAACUUCCUAAUUGGCGUUCCCGGGACAAAGAAUGCUAAUACCAUUCAUGUUAUUGAUUUCGGCAUGGCGAAGCACUACCGCGACCCGAAGACGAAGGUGCACAUCCCUUACCGCGAGCGUAAAUCCCUUUCCGGAACUGCUCGUUACAUGUCGAUCAACACACACUUGGGCCGUGAACAAUCCCGACGUGAUGACCUGGAGUCGCUCGGGCACGUGUUCAUGUACUUCCUUCGUGGUGGUCUGCCGUGGCAGGGUCUUCGAGCAGCCACGAACAAGCAGAAGUACGAGAAGAUCGGCGAGAAGAAGCAGAGCACACCCAUAGCAGAACUGUGCGACGGGUUCCCAGAGGAGUUCUCUAUUUAUAUGAACUACGUCCGAAAGCUCGGCUUCGAGGAAAGUCCAGACUACGAUUUCCUGCGGGAGCUCUUUUCCAAGGUCCUCAAGACACUGGGUGAGCCGGAGGACGGUGUCUACGACUGGAUGUUGCUGAACAACGGCAAGGGCUGGGAAGCCGGACAUACUUCCGCUGCUGUCCUCGCUCAGGCUCACGCUAAUGCCGGUACACCCACACCUCGCGAGCACAGAUCAAGGGGAGAGCAUAAGCGCGGAUCUCGCCAAGCCCUGGAUCCAAACCAAAGCGCCGCAAACGGCGUGAUCGCCAGUCCGAACACCGCACACGUCAAGCAAUCCACCAGACGACCGAACGUCCUGGAUACUUCGCGCAACGCAAGUAGGGAUGUCAGUGUACAGCCAUUGCCUCCUGCUAGUCGUCGUGCCAGCCAACAGCAAAUCUCACGCGAUGGGAGCACUGCGCUCACCGCUCCUCAUCCGUAUGCUGCUGCGCCAAGCCCCAACGCGUAUCACCGUCCAGGUACAGGAGGUUCUUAUGCCCCGAACGGACAGUCGGGCAGUCUCGCGGCUCUAGCUAACGGGAAGAAAAACGGGGACGCCAGGGAGGGAGCACUGUCACCUCGGGAGGGGCGUGCGAACGGCAUGGCGGUCUACGAUCGGGAGCAAAUGGCGAGAGUGGGGGAGCAGGACGAGGAUGGGCAUGGUGGAGGGAGGAAGAAAGGCGGCUUUUGGAGCUUGUUCUGCUGCAGGGCUUAG